AUGUAUUUGUCGUACUGUUUCGUACUGCUUACUCUGCCGUUAUACGUCGCGCAAAUAACGAUAUCAAAUGGAGGCGAUGAGGCAAUACAAGCAGUAACAAGAGAUGACGACGAAAUAAGGACUGUGACUGAUGACGGGAAAGCAAACGAAAAACGAUACAAAUGUGAGAAACAUAAAUUGGCGCACGUUAACAUUGGACCAUCCAAAUAUCACAUGUGCAAUAAAACUUUCGAGCGGUUUGGCAAUCUGAAGGGUCACCAAUCGACGCACGGUAACGAGCGACCAUUCAAAUGUUACGUGCGCAAUGAACCAUUCGGAAAUCUGAGGAGACAUCAAUUGACGCACGGAAACACACGACUAUCCAAAUGUGAUAAAUUGGAAGAACACAUUAAUACUUAUAAAUGCCGAGUCGAUUUUGGUAUUAUUCACCAUAUGCCUCUACCAGGAGGUCAUCAAAACGCGAAGUAUAUGGUCUAA